AUGGGGGGAAUUGACCUCUUGCUCGGUAAAGACUUCCUGGAGAGAUUUGGAACGAGAAUGAAAAUAGGGGCUCUGCCUGAAUUCAUCAUUGGGGACAUUCCAAUGGGGAUGAUGGCAGAAAAAGAGAUUGAAACACCCGAGUUGGUGUCCCGAGUGGGGCGCAUGAUACCCGCACGUUCAUCGGUGGUGGUCGAAAUAGAGUUGACAGCAGGAAUCCCGGGGAAGAACGGGGCAAUGAUUGAGCCCUCGACUAGCGUACUGGAGUGGAAGGGCGUCUCAACGGGGCGAUUGUUAGUAGCGGAUUGCGAGACGUUCAAUCAAGUGCUGGUAACCAAUUUCUCAGAUUGCAAUCAGUGGGUACCGAGAAACAUGGUCCUGGGGACGCUAGAAGAGAUCACCUUAGCUGAAGAGGGUACAGAUAGCGAGAAGGAGGUGGUGGCGUUGGCCGCCCUGGGAGCACCCAAAUGGUCACUAGAAGUGUUCGGAAAGUAUGUCUCGAAGGAAAUUGGGGUGGAUAGUCACGACAAGAUUGUUGGGGUACUUCAAGAUUUUGAGGACUGUUUCGCCGGGGAAAAUGACAGACUCGGGGUGUGCAACGUAGCGGAGCAUGCGAUCGAGACAGGGGACUGUCGUCCCAUCCGACAAAGCCCUUACUCGAGCGCAUGGAAAGAACGGGAGCUAAUGCAGACGCUUGUUCAAGAGAUGGAAGACGCUGGAGUGAAGCUGAAGAAAUGCUUAUUUGCACAAACCAGACUGCAAGCUCUAGGUCACGUCAUGGAUAAGGAUGGAAUCGCCCCGGAUCCUGAGAAGAUUUGUGCGGUUCGAGAAUUCCCUAGACCGCCGGCUAACGCGACUAAUGCCCAGAAAAUUAAACAUGUGAGGAGCUUUAUCGGGCUAUGUUCGUAUUACCGGCGAUUUAUCAGCAAUUUUGCAAAAAUUGCAAAGCCGUUACACGACCUCACGAAACAGGGAAAAUCCUUUUGUUGGGGAGCAGAACAAAAAGGAAGCUUUAAUGCUCUGAAGGAGCGUUUGAUUGAGGCGACACAAUUAGCAUAUCCCGAUUAUGGGAAGCCGUUUGACAUUCAUCCCGAUGCCUGUGAAUACGGGAUAGGCGCGGCGCUAGUACAGAAAACGGGAGAUGGAGAGAGACCGGUAGCCUUCGCAAGUCGUUUGCUAUCAGCUACUGAACGUAACUACUCAAUAACCGAGAAGGAGUGCCUUGCGCUUGUCUGGGCAAUGAAAAAAUUUCACUGCUACAUUUGGGGGAUGACGGUGAGAGUUGUGUCGGACCACCAUGCUCUGUGCUGGUUAACUACGAAGAAGGAUCUGGCUGGAAGACUAGCCCGUUGGGCACUGCUGGUACAGGGUUAUGAACCCCAGGUGUUGUACAAAAGUGGGAAAUUACACGAGGAUGCAGACGCGUUGUCGCGGUACCCAGUAGGCCCCGCAGAAGAAGAAGAUGAGAGCGAUUCCCUGCUACCUGUGCUGCUAGUCACGCUCAACGGGGACUUGGAGCGAAUUCGCGUGGGACAAGAAUCUGUCCCACAAUGA